UGGUAUUCUAUUUUCGGCAGUCUCAGCCAACUACCUCGACAAACGAUUAAUGACGCGUCGUUUUUCGAAACGCUGUUCUGUUCCAGAUGCAAGACCGACAUUGUGCCGAAUUCUUACCAAAAGUAAUUAUAGGCGUGUAAUCAGUCAAAGUCCGCUGUCGAGACAGCACCGAAGCGGCAUGAGCGACCCUCUGCUGCGUCUCAGGGAGAGAUGCCUGCUGCAGCUCGAGUCAUCCCCUGCCCAGAGCUCCACCGGGCCUCGAUCAUGCGGACGAG